AUGGCCCGGGCUCGAGGCUCGGGAACAGGAAGUAUGGUUAUGGAGAAGGGAAUUCAGGCUCAGGAUGUGGAAUUGAGCUGCGGUGGUGCAGGCGGCAGCUACUUGCAGAAAUUCAGACUCUAUGAAACUCGCUCGAACUUCUAUAUGAUUGGACGAGACAAGAAUAGAACAUGUUGGAAGGUCUUGAAGAUCAACAGAUUAGAACAAUCCGAGCUAAGUGUCAUUGAAGAUACUACAACAUAUUCAGAAAUUGAAUGCUACGACCUGCUGAAAAGAAUUCAUGAAGGAAACAAGUCUACUGGUGGACUGAAGUUUGUUACCACUUGCUACGGAAUUAUUGGAUUCAUAAAAUUUUUGGGACCUUAUUACAUGUUGCUUAUCACUAAAAGAAGAAAGAUUGGCACAAUAUGUGGCCAUGCAGUAUAUUCAAUCGCCAAGAGCGAGAUGAUUCCUAUACCAAAUCCUUCUCUGCACACAAAUGUGGCUUAUUCUAAGAAUGAGAACAGAUACAAGAAGCUUUUACGAACAGUGGAUCUUACCAAGGACUUCUAUUUUAGCUACUCCUACCAUGUUAUGCAUAGUCUUCAAAAGAAUCUAAGCAAUCACGAAACAGGAUUAAUCCUCUACGAGACCAUGUUCGUCUGGAAUGAGUUCUUAACUCAAGGGAUUCGUAAUCAGCUCAAGAAUUCACUUUGGACUGUGGCAUUGGUGUAUGGAUUCUUUAAACAGGUUAAACUUUCAAUAUCCGGGCGUGACUUCAAUCUAAUUCUUAUUGCCAGAAGAUCUCGUCACUAUGCUGGAACAAGAUACUUAAAACGGGGGGUUAAUGAGAAGGGUCGUGUUGCAAAUGAUGUUGAGACUGAACAAAUAGUUCUUGAGGAUGUAGCGGAAGGAAGUCCUAUACAAAUAUCUUCUGUUGUACAGAACCGGGGUUCAAUACCUCUCUUUUGGUCACAGGAGACUUCGAAACUGAAUAUCAAACCUGACAUCAUAUUAUCAAGGAAGGAUGAAAAGUAUGAAGCCACCAAACUUCACUUCGACAAUCUAGUCAAGAGAUAUGGGAAUCCGAUUAUCAUAUUAAAUUUGAUUAAGACACGUGAAAAGAAGCCAAGAGAAUCUAUUCUCCGUGCAGAGUUUGCUAAGGCUAUUGAAGUUAUUAAUAAAGACCUUGCACAUGGAAACCGCUUAAAGUUCCUUCACUGGGAUUUGAGUAAAUACUCUAGAAACAAAGCAGCGAAUGUGUUGGCAUAUUUAGUCAAAGUAGCAGCUAAUGCUUUGGAUUUAACUGGCUUCUUUUAUUGUCAUGUGCUCCCGUCUUCGAGCCAACUCCCGUGCAGCAACAACUGCUAUGGGGAUUGUUCUGAUGAGGACCUUUCCAAUGUGACUGAGGAUAUUCGCGAAUUGACUGAUAAAGAUAAGAUUAGUGAAGUGGGUGGAAGCCAUUUUGUCAAGCCUCCGGUGUUCCAAAAAGGGGUUCUGAGAACGAAUUGCAUAGACUGUUUGGACCGCACAAAUGUGGCUCAAUACGUCUAUGGGCUGGUUGCUCUUGGCCAUCAGCUGCAUGCAUUAGGAUAUAUUGCUGUUCCAAAAAUAAGCUUAGACUCUGCUUUGGCUGAUGAUCUAAUGAGGACAUAUGAAGCUAUGGGCGACACACUUGCUCUACAAUAUGGUGGGUCUGCGGCCCAUAACAAGAUAUUUUCAGAGACAAGGGGUCAGUGGAAAGCAACAACCCAGUCUCAGGAAUUAUUUCGAACCCUUCAACGUUACUAUAGUAAUGCCUACAUGGAUGCUGAGAAACAAGACGCCAUAAAUGUGUUCCUCGGACAUUUCCAACCACAACAGGGAAAGCCUGCUUUGUGGGAGCUGGAUUCUGAUCAGUAUUAUGAUGUUCGAAGCCGUGGUUCUGAUUUUGCAGAAGAAAAUGCUAGGUCAAUAAUUAAAAGGUCACUAUCUGAUGGCAAUAUCCUUUCUGAAGACAACUCGUCUAUAGACGAUGCAAAGGUUAUACAAAUGGAUAAUUCUCAUAUAACACUGCCUGUUAAGAUUAAAAGCUGUAAUUUGGGGCUUUCGGAUUCAACUCCAGAAUUUUCAACUUGUGACAGUGAUGCAUCUUAUUCCAGGUACACUCCCUCAAUGUCACGUACACGGCUUUUCCAUGAUUCACAGCCAGUGAGGUAUCUUCAAAACGAUAGCACGUAUUAUGUUGAACGCGGUGAUUCAUUCAACUGUUCAAAUUUUCUCGACGUUGAUUGGAUUUCAUCAUCUGGGAAUUCUUGUGAAGAUGAAACGUUCGAAAGAUCAUUGCUUAUUGGGUCUCCAUCGGUUGGCAUGUCGUCGGGAGAGAUAAAAAUGGAAACGAACUCAUCAUCUUAUCAGUCUGGAUCCAGCUUGAAGGGGAAGGAAAUGGCCAGCGGCGAACUCAGCUGUUGUGGUGCUGCCAGUAGCUCGAACGACCUUUUGGGUUUUUCUGAAAGAUUCGUGCACUGGGUUCAUGGAGACGUGCUUUUCCCAUGA